AGUAAAGCUUAAAAUCAAUAGCUUUUUCUGCAUAAAAAAUUAAGUUUGUUGCAUGUACACAUUGUAAUCAGUUGAUAACUUAAUUUAAUGAGUUGGUCGAAAUGAAAAUAAAGAAAACAGUCUUAGCUCAGUAAUAUAUCGAUUUUGAACAGACAUUUCUGUGUUAACUUAACAUGAAAGUGUAUUCAGUUAAUACAACUUAAAAAUCUCGUAAGCGUCCUUUAAAAGCUGAGUACAAGGCUGACUUGCCCGGACAUGUUGUGCUCUCAGACCACUGAUCGAAAGAAACGGAGGCAAAGAGAGAAAGCGGAGAAGCGCCAUUUUGUACGGAACGUUAUCAAACGUUAAAGCUUUGUGACGCUCCAAUGUCUCAUCAAACCAAACUUAGGAUCGUUCUUCAGGACCAUGACAUUCGCAAACUUGACUUACCUCAUGGCCUCCCUGGGACUGUGGGUGAACUUGAGUCCAUUGUAAGAGAGACAUUUGGGCUUCAAGGGAACUUUACUUUGCAUUACAAGGAUGCUGAUUUUGGAGAGGAAUAUUUCAGUCUUACCUCAACAAGUGACAUCAAGGACAAGGACACAAUAAAAGUGGUUAACAUUGUUGAACCUCCCACAUUUACUCUGAACUUAACUGAAGUGAACACUUCCUUUGAAAGUGAAUCAGAAACCUCCAUCUAUAGCUCAGCAACCUCAGUCAGUACUUCAGUGACCGCCGUCGGUCCUCCCCAAAGCAGUUGCUCAUCCGGAUCCCAGGAUACACUGAUUCUAUCAUCACCUGAACAUGGGAUUCAGCGAUCACAGUGGUGGCCGGCUGAAUUUCCUGUACCUCGCUUUGCCUAUGACACAGAGCUUUUGCUUGCCUCAGGAAAUGAAGCUUUCAAGAAGGAUGGAAUUCCACUCAACUUUACCUCAAUCCUUCCAGACAUCCUUGAGAGACUGGCUGAAAGCGUCUUUCAGUAUGUUGCCUACCCAACAAGCGCACAGUUUGUGGAUGUUGCUGAGGCGCUGAUUCAGAAGCAUCCUUGCCUUAAAGAACCGGGGUCAUAUAAUGGAUGCUAUGGAUGGCAACAGAGACUAAAAUAUAAAAUGGGCAACUAUAGAACCAAGUUGAGAGGGCUCGGAUGCCCUGAACUUGAUGUGAACUCUCUCAGAAAGAAGCGACUACAUGAGAAAGCACCUGCAAAGAAUGUCAAAAAGCCAAAAAAGUCAGAAGUGAACUAUUUACCUCCUCACCCACAAGGAGAAACGGAAGAAAGUUUGGAAUAUGGAAGAGUGGAGCUCCUCAGUGAAGUGAGGAAGAGGGACAACUGUCAGAUCAUCAGUGACAAAAUGGCGAAGACAUUCUCCAUUCGCAGGCAGGAAGUUGUCAAUCAAGCACCAAAAAUCAAUGACCUGAAAGAAAGAUGGCCUGCUCUUUUUGAUGCAGUUCAGAUAAACCAAGAAUUCAGAAGGAUCACCACUAUUAACCUGGAGACAACAUUCAUGGCAAAGCUGGCCCAGUACUCUCAGAAAAUAAUGUCCUUGCUGUCCUCAAGAGGAGGGGCUGCAAAAAUGCGCAUUCGGCGCAUCCAGAACAUGCUGCUAGAGGUAUGAAUGAAUGAAAUGUAGUUUAUUUCAAAUAGGAUAAUCCACUUUUUUUUUUCCAAUAGGUGAUAUUGAGUCUUAAAAGGUAGCUGUUUACAACUCAACUAUGUCAAAUUAUUGUUUAGAGCUUGAGGCACAAAUAUCAAUUAAAACUAUAAAUACUUAAUAAUAAAACAAAUUAUAGGUGAUGUGGAUCAUGAUUGGCAGAGUAAUUUGCAAGAUUUUGCAGUUUUUCUAUUUGUUACCUGGAUUUUUCAAGUUCAUGAAUUGAACUUCACUUCUAAGAGCAAUAGAGCUUGACAGACCACGUGACCUUCGCGCAUUGCAUUGUAGGUACGAGUGGCAGCAAAAUCAAAACACUCCAUCAAGCGCUAGCAUUUCCAGCACCGGUAAUCAUUAAUUCUGCGGUUUUAAUCCCUACUUGCAUUUUAUUUGCCCCCAAAACAGUUAUGUACAAAAUGAAAGAGAACACGACAGGUCUAUACAAAGACAGACUUGACGAAAAGGAAAAAAAAAAAGUACGAGGAAAAAAUCAAAGGAGUGAAGGGGUUAGACCCAUACGAGCAUACA